CGAUCAAGGUGAUAAGCACAGCUACAGUGAAACUAGUCGAAAAUGAAAUACUUCGGCGCUGAGUUGUACGGCCUGCAGCUGGUCAUGAGUUCUCUUCCGCUGCUGUUGCUGUAGAUUAUUCCUAGCUGCUGCGACUCGUUGCGACAUACAAGCUUGCCUUUCCUGGUUCGCCCGGCCCCUCCGCAUCUCCUCUUCCUCUUUUCUCCCCUCAACCUUUUCCUGUUCUCACCUCUCCCUCUUUCUCUUUUCUCUCGUCUUUCUGUUUCUAUAUUUCUUGCUCUCUCAUGGUGAAUUGAAUUGAUUCCCACAUCCAUUCAAUACGCCAUGGUUUUAAUCGACAAGCAUGAAUACUUGACAGAGGAGGAGAAACGGCUGAAGGAGGACCGUGAACGCACCAAGUACUGGAAAAAAUGGGGUCCCUAUGUCGCUGAGAGGCAAUGGGCUACUGUUCGUGAAGAUUACUCAGAAGAUGGAGAUGCUUGGAGCUACUUUUCGCACGAUCAUGCACGAUCCAGGACUUAUCGCUGGGGAGAAGAUGGAAUUGCUGGCGUUUCGGAUACCCACAAUCUGCAAAAUAUUGCGUUCUCUUUCUGGAACGAGAAGGACGACUUUUUGAAAGAACGCCUGUUCGGGUUAUCCAACCCCCAAGGAAACCAUGGCGAAAGUGUCAAAGAAGCCCAUUUCCAUCUCGAUAACACUCCCACGCAUUCCUAUAUGAAAUUCCUCUACAAAUACCCGCAAAAGAAAUUUCCAUACCAGGAACUUGUGGAUGAAAAUGCCCGACGUACAAGACUGGAGCGUGAAUAUCAACUUUUGGAUACGGGUAUAUUCAACGAGAACAAAUACUGGGAUAUCUUCAUUGAAACAGCCAAGGAGGAUGAUGACGAGGAAGAGCUCAUGUUCCGUGUCAUCGCCUAUAACAGAGGUCCGGAGCCCGCUCCUUUGCACAUCGUUCCUCAGGUCUGGUUCAGAAACACCUGGUCUUGGGGCUACGAGAACCAGUCUGAGAAGCCUUGUAUUGAGAAGGUAAAUUCACUCACGGCCAAAUCAACGCACAGCAAAUUGGGAGAAAGGUUUGUGCGUUUUUCACCUGCGCCAGCGUUCGGUGAUAGCGAGGAAGAUGUCCUUCCCCGGAUGCUAUUCACCGAGAAUGAGAGCAACAACGCGCUUCUUUGGAACACCAAGAACGACCAGCCAUAUGUCAAGGAUGCCUUCCACCGUCACAUUGUCGAAGAGGAACAGGGGGCCGUUAAUCCUGACAAUAAGGGAACAAAGUUUGCUGCAUGGUAUGCUUUUGAUGAGGGUGAAGGAAUCCCUCCUGGCGAGUGUGCUGUAAUCCGUUUCCGACUAUCCCGGAAGCAAGAAGACUUUUUUGAUGAAGAAGCUCUUGACGAUGCUAUUGAGAAGCGUAAGGUGGAAGCCGACGAAUUCUACGACCGUAUCAGCCCGCUUCCAAUGAGCGAUGACUUGAAAAAUAUCCAAAGGCAGGCGUUUUCAGGCAUGAUGUGGACCAAACAGUUUUAUCACUUCGUCUGGGAUCAGUGGACAAACGGAGACCCGGGUUUGAUACCCCCUCCCCCUGGAAGAAAAAACGUCCGUAACCAGCAGUGGAAGCACCUGUACAUUGAUGAUAUUCUUUCAAUGCCGGACUCCUGGGAAUACCCCUUCUUUGCAGCUUGGGAUACUGCCUUCCACUGCAUCCCUCUCGCGAUGAUUGAUCCAGACUUUGCAAAGAAGCAGCUAGACCUCCUUACCCGGGAGUGGUACAUGCAUCCCAAUGGGCAAUUCGCAGCCUAUGAGUGGAACUUUGGUGAUGUGAAUCCGCCUGUCCAUGCAUGGGCCACGUUCAGAACAUUCAAGAUCGAGCGAAAGAUGUACGGUCGGCAAGAUCUCGACUUUCUGGAGCGUGUCUUCCAGAAGUUAUUGUUGAACUUCACGUGGUGGGUCAACCGUAAGGAUUCAGAAGGCAAGAACGUCUUUGAGGGCGGGUUCCUCGGUUUGGAUAACAUUGGACUCUUCAAUCGGUCCGAUCCUCUCCCAACAGGUGGUGUCCUGGAGCAAGCCGAUAGCACUGGCUGGAUGGCUUUCUACUCCCUGACCAUGCUUAACAUUGCUCUUGAACUGGCCAAGCAUCGACGGAUCUAUGAAGAUAUUGCGUCGAAAUUCUUCGAGCAUUUCAUUCUCAUCAGCGAUGCUAUGACUUUUAGAGCUGGGGACGAGGAAGCCUCUUUGUGGAACCAGGAGGAUGGGUUCUAUUACGAUGCCAUCUCAUACGGAGCGCCGUGGAUCCAACAGCUCCCAGUAAGGUCUCUAGUUGGGUUGAUUCCACUUUAUGCUGUUCUCACGCUGGAGCCCGAAUUGAUCAACAAAUUUCCGUCCUUCAAACGGAGACUGGACUGGUUUGUCGAGAAUAAACAGGACGUUGCAGAACGCAAUAUUGCAAACAUGAAACGCCGUGGAAAGGACGACCGACUUCUGCUGUCCCUGGUCAGUAGAGAUCGUUUAGAAAAGAUUCUCAAAAGAAUGCUUGAUGAAACCGAGUUCCUGUCAAAGCACGGCAUCAGAUCAAUGUCAAAAUAUCAUGAAGAGCAUCCGUACUCCAUGGAUGUGAACGGCCAGACGUUCAAGGUUGGAUACGUGGCCGGUGAGUCUGACAGCGGACUUUUCGGGGGCAACAGCAACUGGCGCGGCCCUGUUUGGCUGUGCGUAAAUUUCUUGUUGGUUGAAUCACUGUUGCGAUUCCACAUGUUCUAUGGCGACUCGUUCAAGGUUGAGUGUCCCACGGGCUCUGGGGAAUACAUGCAUCUGGGUCAUGUAGCAGAGGAAAUCCAGCAUCGGUGGCAGCAUUUGUUUGCGCGAAACGAUGAGGGACGCCGGGCAGUCAACGACGGGUCCAAUCUGCUCGAUUUUGACGAGCAUUGGAAGGACUACAUGUGGUUCCAUGAAUAUUUUGAUGGAGACACUGGACGCGGGCUUGGGUCUUCCCAUCAAUGCGGCUGGACUGGUUUGAUUGCCAAGGUGAUUCACGAUACUGGUGUCAAUUGCCGUUUGCCUCAGACACCACGGUCUCCCUUCGCAGCAGCGUCCCAUUACUUUGACGAUAUCUUCACUCGUUCUAGAAGGCCACGUACCAGCAGCCGACCUAGUGUACGAAGGUCGUCUACCAGCCGGUCCAUCGGAAAUCGUAGUGAUUUUGCUUCCACGUUCAACGGCUACACACCUGGGCCUGAGUCAGCCGUAGAUGGGGAGGAAGAUCGCGAUCUCUCGGAGAGUCAGACACAAGAGCAUGUCAAUAACUACGUCGAAGGUCAGUUGCAACGGGUGAGGAGUGAGGUAUCUAUGGGGGCGUAUGAAGACGAAUUUGGAACAGAAGCCGACCGCACCCCGAACGGACAUUAGAUUGUUUAUUGGGCACGGCUUAAGGCCGUGAGACGAUAUCACGGUGUGAGAGCAGAAAUGACGAGGACACAGUGGGGAAUUGAUGAAUAUAUAGGUAAUUGUCCAGUUAUAACCUAGAUUCUAGAGUUGAAUAUAUUGAUUGCAUUCCAUAUUU